ACAAUAAUAUUAUUACAGUUCUACGUGAAGUUAAAGAAAGUAAUCUAAAUAAAGAAAGAGAUAAUGAUCAUAUGUCUAUUGGACCUAUUCUUAGUUUAGAGCUGAAAGGAUUAGACUUUGAAAAGUAUCCUCUAAUAAAUUCUCCUAUCAAUCUAUCUGUUAGAACUCAGUUUACCUUUUGGGAAACUGUUGAACAUUAUUUAAAGGAAUAUGAAAGGUAA